UUUAACUUGUUCUUUCCAUAUUUUAGCCUCUGAUCCUACUUCAUUUCCAUUGGCAUUCACUAUGUUAGGCAUCCAAUCGCUACUAACCUUUUUGGUGAAAACUAAAUACACAAAGGUAAUUUAGCAUUUCUGCCAUUUCCCCGUUGAUUGUUAUUGUUUUGCCCCCCCUCGUUGAGUAAUGGGCCUAUCCUGUCCUUCAUCUUCCUCUUGCUUCUAAUAUAUUUGUAGAAUGUUCUCUUGUCACCCUUUGUCUCUAGUUAGUUUAAUCUCGCCUUCCUAAUUUUGUCCUUAUAUGCUUGUGUUAUUUGUUUAUAUUCAUGCUUUGUAAUUUGACCUAGUUUCCAGUUUUUGUAGGACUCUUUUCUGAGUUUCGGAUAAUUGAAGAUCUCCUGGUGAAGCCAGGGUGGUCUCUUGCCAUACUUCCUAUCUGUCCUAUACAUUGGAGUAUCUGAAGAUCCACAGGGCUUCAAUAGUCACAGACUCCUUGUGUCCCCUGCCUUGGGCUGGUUCCCUCCCCUGAGGUUCUCUGGCCUUCCGCAGUGUUGUGACAAGUGGCUUAUUAUCUGUUCUCUGACCAAGUAAUCAAUUCCGCAUGUUUGGGGAUCCCUAAAUUUAUUCCAGGAGACACACAGCAUGUUUCCCUUCAGUCACUAGGCUUUCCCAUGGGGUCUUCAUGAACAUUUUCCCAUCUUUGAGGAUGAAAUGUCCCUCCUGCAAAGAAAGAGGCUGGAUGGGACCAGGCAGGAUGUUGUCUCUGGGAAAUGGUCAAUGGAGCUAUAACAAACUCUGAUAAUCACACCUUUCCAUCCUAUGAGCAGGACCCCCCGCCCCCCCGAACACCUCACUAGACCUCAUUUCCCACAUGGACCAAAGGGAAGAACCCAGUGCCCCAGACCCUCAAGAUUCUUCAGAAAAGGAGACACUGAGCGACUCCCACAGAGCACAGGGAAUGACUCACGUCUGGAUUCAGAAGGGAGCUGAUGGGUUCAGAAGGGAGAAUGAAGAUGACAGACCUCAGCAGGAAAGUCCCGAGCGAAUGGAACUGCAUGGGAUGUUAUCAGGAAGCGCCAAAGGGGAACUUUCCCAGAAUCGUGAAAAGGAAAAAGCCCAUGAGAGUCGGUCUUAUAAAUGCCCUGACUGUGGGAAAAGCUUCCACUGGAGCUCACGCCUUGCCAUUCAUCGGCGAAUCCACACAGGAGAGAAGCCACAUAAGUGUGCUGACUGUGGGAAAGGCUUCAAUUGGCGGGCACAGCUUGUCACACAUCGGAGAUGCCACACGGGAGAGAAACCCUUUACAUGCGAAGACUGCGGGAAAAGCUUCAUGCGGCACUCCAUCCUUACUGAACACAAGAGAAUACACACGGGAGAGACACCUUACAAGUGCAACUAUUGCAGGAAAAGGUUUGCCUGGAGCUCAGCCCUCGCUGUACACAGGAGAAUCCACGUGGAAGGGGAACCCUAUCGAUGUAAAGAUUGUGGGAAAAGCUUCUGCCUGAGCUCAGAUCUUAGCAAACAUAGAAGAGUGCACACGGGAGAGAGACCCUAUAAAUGCCCCGACUGUGGGAAGAGCUUCAGAGUGAGCUCAAACCUCACGGCACAUCGGAGGAUCCACACCAGAGAGAGACCCUAUAAAUGCCCCAAAUGUGAGCAAAGCUUCCGGCAGCGCUCCACCCUUCUUAAACAUCAGAGACUACACUUGCGAGAGAGGCCCUAUAAAUGCCCUGAGUGUGGGCAAAGCUUCUGUGUCAGCUCAGCCCUGACUGUUCAUCGGAGGAUCCACACAGGAGAGAGACCUUACAAAUGCAAAGGCUGUGGGAAAAGCUUCAGGACCAGCUCAUCCCUUAUCAGCCACCAGAGGAUCCAUACGGGUGAGAAACCCUAUAAAUGCCCCGACUGUGGGAGGAGUUUCAGCCAGCGCUCGGCCCUGUCUGCGCACAGGAGCAUCCACACAGGAGAGAGACCCUAUAAAUGCGACUGUGGGGAAAGUUUCAUUGUGAGUGCUGACCUUCUCAAGCAUCAGAGAAUCCACACGGGAGAGAAACUCUACAAUUGCAAAGACUGUGGGAAAAGCUUCUGUCGGAGCACCAACCUUGCUGCCCACAGGAGGAUCCACAGGGGAGAGAAACCUUAUAAAUGCCCCGACUGUGGGAAAAGCUUCACGGGUAGGUCAACCCUUAUUACGCAUCAGAGACAGCACACGGGAGAGAGACCCUAUAACUGCUCUGAUUGCGGGAAAAGGUUCAGUCAGAGCUCAGCCCUUACUAAGCAUCGGAGAAUCCACACAGGAGAAAGACCCUAUAACUGUUCUGACUGUGGGAAAAGUUUCACCAACAGCUCCCAUCUUAUUAGACAUCAGACAACCCACACCGGAGAGAGACCCUAUAAAUGCCCGGAAUGCGGGAAAAGAUUCAGGCAGAGCUCGGCCCUUGUGAAACAUCAGAGACUCCACAUGGGAAACACUGUAAAUGUUGACCUUACAGAGAGUGCUCAGACCACCAGUGAAGCCAGGUGGGACGGGAACCCAUGGGCACAGGAAGACGACAGAGCAGCAGCAGCAAUCAAAGGCCCUGCAGUUUGUUGCAAGAUGUUUCUGCUGCUCUUGCUGCGCCUGCCGACACCAGCCCCUGCAGGGGAGAUGCCAGGCUGCAGAAUAAUGUCCGUGUUUCACUCCGGAUCGUCGCAUGCUCUUGGGGGACGGGAAAGGGAAACGACUGCAGUAGCAGCGGCUCAGGAGCCAGUGACCUUCGAGGAGGUGGCUGUGUAUUUCACCGAGGAGGAGUGGGCUCUGCUGGACCCGGGUCAGAGAGCUCUGUACAGGGACGUCAUGCAGGAGAAUUAUGAGAAUGUGACCUCGCUGGCAGGAUUUCCGAUUCCCAAACCUGAAGUGAUCUCCCAGCUGGAACGGGGAGAAGAGCCGUGGCUCACGGAUCUCGAGGGCUCAGAGGAAAGGGGAAUCCUGAGAUAUAGCCACGCAGCUGAUGGGAUCAAGAUUGAGCAUGAAGAGGUAAAUCCUCAGCUGGGAGGUCCUGAGCAAGUGGAACAGCAUGGGACACUAUUAGGAAGAUCCAAAGGAAACAUCUGUUGGAGUGUUGGGCAAGGAAAAACCUGUGAGAGUCAGUGUAGCACAGAGAGGCUGCUGGGAAACCAGCCGGUGAAGAAAGUGGAUAAAUCCACUAAUUGUGGGAGAGGUCUGAAGCACCUCAAGAAAACCAGAGUCCAGAGGAUCCACCUGGGAGAGAGACCAAGCACAUGCAGUGAGUGUGGGAAAAGCUUCAGUAGUCAUUCACACCUUCUUAUACAUCAAAGAAUCCACACAGGAGAAAAGCCCUAUAAAUGCCCCCAGUGUGGGAAGAGCUUCAACCAGAGCCCAAACCUGGUUACACAUCUAAGAAUCCACACUGGAGAGCGACCCUAUAAAUGCCAGGAAUGCGGGAAAAGCUUCACUGCAAACUCCACCUUUAUUAAACACCAGAGAAUCCACACAGGAGAAAAACCCUAUAAAUGCCCCGACUGCGGGAGAAGCUUCAAUCAAAGCUCAGACCUUAUUAGACAUCAGAGACUCCAUACGGGAGAGAAGCCCUUUAGCUGCCCCGACUGUGGGAAAAAAUCUAGUGACAGCUCAGCCCUUAUUGUACAUCAGAGAAUCCACACGGGAGAGAGACCCUAUCGAUGCCCUGUCUGUGGAAAAGGCUUCACUUGCUCUUCUCACCUGAUAACGCAUCAGAGAACCCACACGGGAGAAAAACCAUAUAAAUGUCCUUACUGUAGGCAAAGGUGUCGUGUAAAAUCAGCCCUUAUUAUACACCAGAGAAUCCACACAGGAGAGAGACCCUAUAAGUGCCCUGACUGUGGGAAGACCUUCAGCAGCCGUUCACAUCUUAAUUCUCAUCAGAGAAUCCACAGGAGAGAAAUGCCUUGUAAAAACCCUGAGUGUGGGAAAAGCUGCACAGAAAGCUCACCCCUUAUUAUGCAUUAGGAGGAGAACUGAAUAAUUGCCCUGACUAAGGCUAGCUAAGAACUUGUCAACACCUGAAAUAUAUUUUGUAUUAUGUUUGUCCACUUUAAUCUGGAAUAACUAUUCUGAAAGCAGUACUACCACACUGCUUUGUUAUGCCGGUUUAAGAUCCUCCCCUUUUGAAUAAUUGAAUCCACACAGCGCUGCAUUCUGGGCAGAUGUACCAUGCUACUAUGUUCUGCCGCUUGGCUCUGUGUAUUCUGGGUUUUUCUCCUGGUGCAUUGUGGGAUAGCGACCCAAAGCCACUGGAAUUUUCAGGAUUACUCUCGUGUCGUCCCAUCAUUCAUCUGGCUUUUGUGAGCCAGCACCAUUUUCAAGCCUCUGGCAGGCAUCAUGAAGGGAACAUGUGAUCCUGACACUCAUACAUGAACAGGCUGAUGCACAGGUAUUGGCAGUCAAGCAGCCGGGUGGGUGCCUUUGGAUGCCUUGAGAGACAGCCAUGGUGGUGCUGCACCAAUAUGGGUGACGCAAAUAGAAGAGGAGGAGGACAAAAGCAAAUAGUUACUUCUGCAAGACCAUUUUCUGGAACAUUUCCUCAGUGGACUUUCUCUGGGCUUGAACAACAAGCAGUGACUUGUGGGACAGGAUAGUCAUGCAGACCAAGGAUGACUAGCAAUGGUGGCAGAACUUCAGAAUGACAAAGGCCCCGUACCUAGAAUACUGUGCAGAGCUGGCCCAUGAGCAGAAGUGGCAGGGCACCAAUUGGAGAGUUCCCUUCAGCAUAAAGUGUUGUGGUCUUCACUGUCUGGAAGCUUGCUACUCUCCCAGUGGCUUCUGGACAACAGCUAACCAGUUUGGUGUUGGUAAAUCAACUGUUGGGGCUCUCAUAGAAUCAGAAUUGUAGGACUGGAAGGGACCUCAAGAAGUCGUCUAGUCCAGUCCGCCACACUCAUGGCAAGUAUUAUCUAGCCCAUUCCUGACAGGUGUUAGUCUAACCUGCUCUUAAAAACCUCCAGUGAUGGCAUUUCCAUGUGCUACUAUUCAGAGAGUGCUGCUAGCCCAGAUCUUAAAAUUUGGCAGUUCACAGGAAGUUAUUGAAUAAUUUGAAAGGCUGGGGCUCCUGAAUUGUAUUGGGGCCACUAAUGGUACCCAUAUGCGUAUUGUUUGCCUCCCUGUACCAGAUCUCAGAGUUCGUCAACAGGAAAGCAUAUUUGGGCACGGUGCUGCAAGGCCUGGUUGAUCACUGUGGGAAUGUUCGACCAGCGUUAAUGUGGGGUGGUCUGGAAAGUUCCACGAUGCCAAUGUUGUUUGACACUCAGGCCUUCUUUUCAGCAAUGAGGCUAGAAUUGGUGCCAGGUGCUGCUACAGACGUUCAUCAUGUGAUUCCUCCUGUCACUCUGGGAGACCCAACUUGCUCUCUGCUUCCCUGGCUGAUGAAUCCUUUUCCUGAACACUUGGAGAGGAGAAAGGAGCUCUUUAACUUACACCCUGAGUAGUUGCAGAAUGACAGAGGAGUGGGCAUCUGGAAAACUGAAGGGAAGGUGGAGGUGCCUCGUGACAAGGCUGGAGGCUGCUGAGCAAUAUCUGCUUCUUGUGCUUGUGGCGCUUGCUGCAUUUUCCACAAUAUCUGAUGUUGGCGAGAGGUGGAAGUGAAGAGACUCUGUGAAUGUUAUGAACAGCCAGAGAGGCUGCCUCUGCUAAAUGCCACAACUUGUCAGGGACACAUGGUCAGAGACACAUGGUCAGGGAUGUGUUGUUCUCCUUUCAGGCGAAGGGGUAGUGGGGAAAAAUAUAUGUAAGUUUGUAGUAGGAUUUUAAUUUUGCUUUAUGUAGGAUUUUAUUGUGCUUUGUGUGGGAUUUUAUUGUGCUUUGUGCAAGGAUUUUAUGCAACUUUUCUGUUGUAAAUAAAUAACAAAUAGCUGUAAAUAAAAACCUUUGUUGAAAACA